GUGUGGCAUCAGUUCUUCCCUAGAACAAUGUCGUCAAAUUCGUGUUUUGCGUAUUGCAUGUACAGAAUCAGUGCAUGCUUUAGCGGUCGUACCAACAAAUUACGCAUAGACAACCGUACCCACAUGACAAAAUUAGAAAUCUGUCACCCGCUGUCCAUACAAAUAUAGGCCGAUCUCCUCCUCUGUCCGAAACGCGACCAACGCAUACCGAUACCGACCACGAGUGUUCAAGUCUCGGGAUCCGCCGUUAACAUCCGUUCCUCUCUCUCUCUCUCUCUCUCUCUCUCUCUACACCUCUCGGCGUUCGCCCCUCAUGGCGGGAACGGAAGACUCUCCCACCGGCAAGCACGUGGCCGUGUUUGCGUUCCCGUUUGCCACCCAUGCGCUGGCGCUCCUCCGCCUCGUGCGCCGGAUAGCGGAGGCGUCCCCCGCCACGAUGUUCUCCUUCCUCAGCUCGGAGAAAUCCAACCUCGCAUGCUUCUCCGGAGGAAGGAGGGACGACGGUGGCACGUGCCCGAACCUCGUGGCAUACGACGUUUGGGACGGCGCGCCAGAGGGGUACGUGCCGUCGGGGAGGAACCCCGUGGAGCCGGUGGAGAUCUUCCUGCGCGCGGUGCCGGGGAACUUCGAGAGCGUCCUCCGCGCCGCAGAGAGGGAGAGAGGGUGCAAUAUUACGUGCCUGCUGACGGACGCGUUCUAUUGGUUCGGCGCCGACAUGGCUCGAGAGCGGAGCGUGCCAUGGGUUCCUGUCUGGACCGCUGGCCCCUCUGCACUCAUCGCGCACAUGGAGACAGACUCGAUCCGACAAAUAUUUGGAACCUCAGGUAAGAUGCUCGAUGCGAUUCCGGGAUUAUCGGCGAUGCGAAUGACGGACGUGCCUAAAGAAAUCCUCGACGCAACCACGCCCUUCCCGACGAUGCUCUAUAGAAUGGGUCAAGUGCUUCCUCAGGCAACUGCCGUCGUUUCCAACUCCUUCGAGGACAUAGACCCGAUCGUCGAGGGGGAGCUCCACUCGAAGCUGCGGAAGUUCCUCGACGUCGGCCCAUUUGUGCUGUCACCGCCACCGCCGCUCUCAGACGAGCACGGCUGCAUCCCGUGGCUGGACAAGCAAGAGACGGCCUCGGUCGUGUACGUCUCCUUCGGGAGCAUGAUCAGGCCUCCCCCGCACGAGAUAACCGCCAUCGUGAACGCACUGGAUAAGGCUGCCUCCCCGUUCCUUUGGUCCUUCAGGGGCGACGCGCAGGCGGAGCUCCCGCGGGAGUUCCUCGAGAGGAGGACGAGGGGGAAGGUGGUGCCGUGGGCCCCGCAGCUGCAUGUGCUGGGGCACAGGGCGGUGGGGGCGUUCGUCACGCACUGCGGGUGGAACUCGGUGCUGGAGAGCAUGAUCGGGGGCGUGCCGAUGGUGGGGAGGCCGUUCUUCGGGGAGCAGAGCAUGAACGCGAGGGCCGUGGAGGACGUGUGGCGGAUCGGGGUGGCGGUGGAGGGGGGAGCGUUCACCGAGGAGGCGACGGCGGACGCGCUCGAGCGAGUGUUGGCCGGCGAAGAAGGGAAGCGGAUGAGGGAGAGAGCUGGGGCGUUGAAAGAGAUGGCUUUGAAGGCCGUGGAGCCACAAGGGAGCUCCACGAGGAACUUCAAGGCCUUGGUCGAGAUCGUCACCGGAUAAAAUCUAUGUUGGUGACUGCUAACCUUCGUGUUUUAAAGGGUAUGUUUGAGGUUUAGGGACCGAGCUCUAGGAAUAUUAACGCUGUUUUGCAUUACAACCUUUUCAAUAACUUCUCUAUUCUCCAUUCUCUUCUAUCAUAUUUAGUGCACUCA